AUGAGUUUCAGUCCUUACACUCAAAAUGGCGGCACUGCCCUCGGUAUUUCAGGCAAGGACUAUGCAUUGGUAGCCUCGGAUACGCGACUCACGGAUGAAAAUGCGGGGCUAUUAUUUUCUCGCCAGACACCGCAUAUCUACGAAGUUACGCCUUAUCUCCGAAUGUGUAUGACCGGAUUUCACGGUGACGUCCUUACAUUUACCAAAUUGCUGGAGUCACGGAUUAAGGAUUACCGUUAUCACCACAAAAAAGACAUAUCUCUUACAGCGUUCGCUAAUUUGGUGUCAGUAUCCUUAUAUUCCCGGAGGUUCUUCCCGUUUUAUGUCAGUACGAUUUUGGCGGGCAUUGAUGAAAAUGGUAAGGGGGCCAUUUACUCGUAUGACCCUGUUGGCUCGUACAAAAGAGAGGUUUACAGCGCAUGUGGUACCAGCGGUGUCAUUGUGCAACCUUUUAUGGACAGUCAGAUCGGUAACCGUGAUCUUGUAGCGGAUUGUGCCCUGUUGGAAAAGGAUGCGGCCAUUCGCCUUGCGAAAGAUAUUUUUAUAAGCGCCGCGGAACGUGACAUUUAUUGUGGUGAUUCAGUUGUGAUCGAUGUCAUCACAGCUUCUGGCAUCCAACGUUUAUCGUUCCCAUUACGACGCGAUUAA